AUGCAAAAUUGUUGGUAGAAACAAGUUUAUUGCAAUAUAAUGAUUAGUUUAAUUUUUCCCAUCUAACAAUUUAUUGAGUCAUUUGAAAAUUUUAUCUAAAGUUACGAAGAUAGAGAAUAGUUUGUAAAAGAGUACAAUAGAAUCUUUAUAAAUAAUAAAAUACUAUAAUUUGUUAGAUAAGAUUAUUCAAAAAAGGUUAUUUAAAUGAUUUAUUAAAGAAGCAAUCAAAGUGCUUCAUAAUAGAGAUACUUAUUUAUCAGAUAUUCAAUAAAAAUAAUGUAACUUAUAACCUCCUGUAUGUCAGUAUAUUCUAGAACCUUGUAAUAGAAAUAAAAGAAAUUAUAAUUAUAUUAUAUUUAAAGAACAAAAUAUAAAAAUUAUUGAGGAUUAUGAAUAAACAAGAAACAAGAAAUCAGUUUUGGAUACUAAUGAUUAAUUAAUAUUAAGAUAUAUUCAUAUAGGUUAAUCAGAUGGACUCUUUUUAAUAAGAGAGAUCUAAUAUUCUGAUAUAAAAGAUGUUGAAUUAGUGAAGAUAAAAUUGAUUCAAAAAAGUGAAUAAGAGAGCUAAAUCUAAAUCCUAUAAAAAAGUUUCUUCUUUUUCCAUUAUAAGUUUUAAUUAGAAAGACUAGGAAUAGAAAUUAAAAAUGGAUCGUUAAAUAUAUAGAAUAGAAACAUGUCAAUUCUAAAGAAAUAUCAAAUGUGUUUAAUCCUAAUCACUUUCAAAUACUUCAUAAUACAGUAGAACUAGAUCUCCUUAGUAUAGAAAAUCUUAUCAACCAAAAUUAUGAUCAUUCAUAACAUUGAGAAUCUACAUAAAGAACAUAGAAUGAUGAACCACCAAUAAUUCGAGAAUCUAUAACAAUAUAAUUUUAACAGAAUUAUCUAAAAUAAUGGAUUAAUUAAUUUAGAAUUUGAAUAUUAAUGA